AAGGAAGCAGAACUCGGUGGUGGCCACUGCGCAGACCAGACUUCGCUUGUCUGUGCGCCUCUCUCCGCUUUUCCUCCGCAAUCAUGUCUGACAAACCCGAUAUGGCUGAGAUCGAGAAAUUUGAUAAGUCGAAACUGAAGAAGACAGAAACGCAAGAGAAAAAUCCACUGCCUUCCAAAGAAACGAUUGAACAGGAGAAGCAAGCAGGCGAAUCGUAAUGAGUCGUGCGCUGCCAAUAUGCACUGUACAUUCCACAAGCAUUGCCUUCUUAUUUUACUUCUUUUAGCUGUUUAACUUUGUAAGAUGCAAAGAGGUUGGAUCAAGUUUAAAUGACUGUGCUGCCCCUUUCACAUCAAAGAACUACUGACAACGAAAGCCGCGCCUGCCUCUCCCAUCUGUCUGUCUGGCUGGCAGGGAAGGAAAGAACUUGCAUGUUGGUGAAGGAAGAAGUGGGGUGGAGGAAGUGGGGUGGGACGAAUGUGAAACCUAGAGUAAAACCAAGCUGGCCCAAGGUAUCCUGCAGGCUGUAAUGCAGUUUAAUCAGAGUGCCAUUUUUUUUGUUCAAAUGAUUUUAAUUAUUGGAAUGCACAAUUUUUUUAAUAUGCAAAUAAAAAGUUUAAAAACUUAAAAAAAAAAAAAA